AUGCAGUGGUCAAUGGGUGCGUGUCUUUGCGGGGUCCUGCUCUUGCAGCUUCAGGGUCCGGCGGUGGACGCCAAUUUUUGGGACGACUAUCCGGUGACGUUGACGCAAAUGCUGUCGAAAAUGCAGUUGAACAUCAGUGGCGAUAUGGUGCGACAGAUGGAAAACAAAUUCCUCGUCCACAUGCCAUCGGUGUCCAAGAUCAAUUCGCCCUUGGAGGUGACCACCGGCGAAACGUCGGCGGAUGGCACGCUGGUGGUCGGCCACAUCAAGGGCAAAGAAGAACAGGGGCACACCAGCUACACUGGUGCCGUGGUUGGUGGUGACUCCGGUGGACCGGCGGUUUGGGUCACCGGAAGUCUGAUCGAGGACGCGGAACACACGGAGGGCAAGGCCGUCAUAAACGCCACACCUGAUAUUAAGGAGUAUGUGGCAAAGAAGUCUGUUAGUGAACACUUUGAUGCGAUCAAGGGCUUGGUUGCUGACAUUGCGACGAAACCUCAGUACAAGCCGCUGCGGACGCGCAUCCAGGAUGGCUUAGAGGCGUUUGCGGGCCGAUAG